AUGGAAAUUGGUGAGAGCUCUUCUGGUUCCAAUUCCUCCUCCAAGGAAGUCUGGGCCAAACUUGUACCAUCUGACUCGAGAUAUUCUGAUGUUGAGGUAAGGUCAGAUGAGAUGGUAAUCCGCUCAGAGAUUACAUCUUCUUCCCUUGAAAAGCAUGAAUGGUGCAAAAUAACAAGGAAUUCAGAUCAAAGUUCUGCCACAAUGCAAAAUAAGAGCUCGAAUACAAUCCUUGUUGAUGAGGCCACUGUCCAAAAUGAAGAUGAUAUAGUGAUAAAUUGUGGAAGUGAAAUUAUUCCGGGCCCUGACAGAGAAGAAUGGUUGAGGAGAUCACAGGAAAGACAUGCAAGUGUCCUCUGUCCUCAGUGUAGAGCAGUGGUACAGUUUGUUGGUAGAAACCACUUUCUGCAUAGUAUAGAGGAGGAUGUAUUGCAAGCUGAUUCUUCACUUAAGCGGUCAGAUGAAGAAAUAACUCUUUUGGAUUCCUAUGCAUCAAUAAAAUCAAAUCUUAUCAUUCAAACUGGAAAAAAGCUUCCUCGAAGGAGGUCACGCCCAGCUUUGGAUAAUGAAAACGAAGUUGCAGAUUUCCCAUGUCCUCAAUGCGGUACUGAGUUCAGUGGCUUCCGCUGCAACCAGAACACAAUUCAUUUACAGUGCCAAGCCUGUGGAGGGAUGAUGCCUUCUAGACCUGAUAUUGGAGUUUGGGAUGUGAUAGAGUAUUUUGUGGUUCAUAUUGGCAUGCUCAAGGGGUUUCCAGAAGUCACUCUCACUCUAUUUGCAAUCAUCUCAGAGCGUGCUAUCUCUAGGAUUCCAUUUUUGGCACAUGAAAAAAACCGGCAUGAACAGGAUAUCACAGAAAGGUGUAUCGGACAGAUGGGAAAAACAUUACAGGAUGUUAUCUCAGAUUGGAUUGGGAAGUUGAACAAAAGAGAGAUUGAUCGAACUAGGAUGCCACUAAAUCAUGCUGAGAUGAUAGCUGUUGGAACCCAUCUCCUUCCGCCAGAUGCAGCUAACAGGGAGGAUUGCUGGUAUGGCUAUGCCUGCCGGACACAGCACCACAACGAAGACCAUGCGCGGAAACGAAAUCAUGUUUGUCGUCCUACUAAGGAAACUGAGUUAACAGAUAAAACAGACAUUAAGAAGGAACAGGAAGCAGCAGAACCAGGAAUUUAUGAGAAGAGACAGAGGGUAGUUGCCUAUCUGACAUAG